UUAAAUAGUUUCGUGGACGAAAAUGCAACAAAACACCCUAAAAAUAUUGACACGUUAAUAAUUGCCGAAACUGCACUUGUAGCUUGCCCCCCCUUCAUAGUCAAUGUUGGAUUUAUGUGGGCCACAUUGUUAAAACAAAAGCGACAUCCUGAGACAACAUUGAAAUAAAGGAAAGGCGAGUUUCAGAAGGCGUCAACCCCAUCGCCAGGGUUUUUUUUUUCUCUCUGAAAAUCUCAGACGGCCAGAUUUAAAAAAAUAAAAAAGCCCUGGGUACGAGAUUGGUAAAGAAUUUAUGAACCUUAUUUAUUUUUUAUGUAACUAUUCAUGUAGCGUUUCAACUCACACGGUAAAUUUUUUCUAGAAAAACCUAACACAAGAAUAAAAGAUAGCCACCCGUGAAUUUGGUGGGAACAUAAAACUCAAAGGACUCGUUAUAUUACCGCAAAUGUUUCUCAUAAGAAAGAAAUCACGUAGCAGACACGUAGAAAACAAGAAAAAUAGUCAUGAGGACAAACACAUUAACCUAAUUAUUUCCGUCCAUUAAUCACGUGUUUAAUUAAAAUGAGCGAUACGCUAACAAGACGUGGUUAAAGAUCAAAAGAACGCCUUCCUUAAUUUUUUUUCUCAAUUCAAACAGUUAGGUUUAUUUUUAUCGUUUUUAUAACAUUAGAUGUCAUUUUUGAUCUAACACUUACUGUCUGUCUGAAUUGACAUUUCUUUAACGUGUUAUCUCUCCGAGACAGCAUCUCAAGGCUUUGUGAAGAGAAAUAUUUUCAUAAAUAUCAGAAUUGGUUUCUCCAAAAAGAAAAAAAAUGUCAAAACGUCAUCUACGUGGCGCGCAAAAUCAUCCUGUCAUCAAACUGGUAUUGUUAGGAUCACAAGGAGUUGGCAAGUCAGCAUUGAUGGUCAGGUUUUUGACAAGAAGAUUCAUUGGAGAAUAUGAUCCAUAUUUAGAGUCAACUCAUCGACGUCAUAUCGGGAUUGGUAAUUCAACUCUGGUUAUUGAUAUGAAAGACACCGCAGGGGAGAAUGGUACCCAAAGACGAGAAAAAGAUUUUGUUUGGGGAGACGCAUUUAUACUUGUUUACUCAGUUACCCAGGAAAAAAGUUUUGAGGAAAUACAGAGGAUACACAAGUUAAUCGAGAUGACACGGACAAAUAAUGCCAUGUUUAUUGUGAUUGGUAAUAAAAAAGACUUGCAUCAUUUACGUGAAGUGUCAAAGGAUGAUGGGAAAAAACUUUCAGAAAAAUACUCGUGCCCAUUUUAUGAGAUUUCUGUAUCAGAGGGUUACAAUGAAACGAACAAAACGUUUAACGACAUUAUUCGAUAUAUUCUCCGCACAAAGGCGAGCGAAGAAGGGGCUAACUUAAAGAAAAGAGGUACCAGCUUCACGUCUCUCUUGAAAGGUUUGGAAAAACAAUACAAAAUUGCCAGAGAAAACAAAGAGCGAAAACACGAAAAAAUAUUGGACAUCAGAGAGGUAGUCUGUGUGUGACGCGCAAAUAGUCUGUGUGUGACACAAACACAGUAUGUUUGUGACACAAACACAGUCUGUGUGUGACGCGAAAACAGCCUGUUUAACGCGUGCUAAUUCUCUGACUGACAAAAAAUAGUCUGUGUGAAGACGUACAUGCGUAACGCCAACGCAGUUUGUGUAGCACACGAAAAAAUUCAUUGUCGGACGCGAACUCAGUUCGACUAAGAAAUGCAUUUAGUCCGUAUAAUGGAUUAAAAGUGAUGUGUUCCUUUCUGAGUGUGACCGAACUCUUUCUUUAUAAGAUACAGUUAACGUGAGUUAAUUACGAGGGGUUAAGGGUGUUCGUAAUAUUACCUGCAAGAACCAUACCUAUUCGGCUUAAAGUAUCUAUAAAAAACUGACGGAAUAUUUCCUAAUACAAAACGGCCUUUUUUCAAGAAGUAUAUUUUUGACCUUGUAAAUAAUCAACUUGUAUUUAUGGUUCAGAUUUUAAUUUAUUUGUUGCAUGGAAUGUGUACAGUCUGUAAAAAAGAAAAAAAUCAUACGCCCGCACAUUUUUCAUCCCUUCAAUAAAUUUUUUUGUCAAAAUUUUAAAUCGAUUUUACGUAAAUAAAUUUCGGCAAAAGAUUUUACCCAUGAAUUUCGCGAGAUUAAUUCUGCCCUGAAAUCCUACAGAACUCCUGGGUCCAAGUGUUCCCUGUUGUAAAACGUGAUUGUCAAAAUACUUCAUUGCUUAAAAAUAUCGCGGUUUUCCAGUUUGGUCCUCAAAACCACGAAAUUAAAAUGCCGCAAAAAACGCAUUUUUACUAGCUUAAGCGCGAUAUUAAGUUCAACUAACCGCAAAAUUAAACUAAAUAAAAAAUCCAGUGUAAAAAAGAAUGCAAAGCCAGAUUAGACUGGGUAAAGAAACGCAAAAAAACUUCUUCUGAUUUUUUGCGGCUUUUGAUAUACUAAAUGUUACUUACACCGCGAAAUUAAAAUGCCGUGAAUUUAAAUAACAGGGAAGUUUCUCAAAUAACGCAAUUCGCAAGAAUUUCUAACAUCACAAUAGUACAAUAGCCGGAUGACAAGAAAAGUAUCUCUCGAAACAUACGUCAAAAAACCACAUAUGUUGCAUUAAGCUUUUGGGAAAGAAAAUUUUGAGUAUAUACAAUAUACAUUUCUCAGUGUUUAAUAACAUAAUUACAAAU